AUGGCUGCUCGCUGCGAGCUGUUGGACGAGCUCCCCGCGGCUUGUCUGUCGCCGUGCGGACCGCCCAACCCGGCGGAGCUGUUCAGCGAGGCGCGGCGCCUGGCUCUCGAGCAGCUGCUGGACGGCGGCCCCGACGCCUGGGCCGCCUUCCUGCGGCGGGAGCGGCUGGGCCGCUUCCUCAACGCCGACGAGGUGCGAGCGGUUCUGGGCGCCGCCGAGCGGCCGGGCGAGGACGGCGCGGCGGCGGCGGCCGAGGACUCGUUCGGCUCCUCUCAGGACUGCUCGUCGGGCACCUACUUUCCCGAGCAGUCGGACCUGGAGCCGCCCGCGCUGGAGCUCGGCUGGCCGGCUUUCUACCGGGGCGCCUACCGCGGUGCCACGCGCGUCGAGGCGCAUUUCCAGCCCCGCGGCGCGGGCGCCGGCGGUCCGUACGGCUGCAAGGAUGCGCUGCGGCAGCAGCUGCGCUCAGCCCGAGAGGUAAUUGCUGUGGUAAUGGACGUUUUCUCAGAUGUCGACAUCUUCCGAGACCUGCAGGAGAUCUGUAGGAAACGAGGCGUGGCUGUGUACAUCCUUCUGGACCAGGCUCUGCUCUCCCACUUUUUGGAUAUGUGCAUGGAUCUGAAAGUUCAUCCUGAGCAGGAAAAGCUGAUGACAGUUCGGACUAUUACAGGAAAUAUCUACUAUGCAAGGUCAGGAACAAAGGUUGUUGGGAAGGUUCAUGAGAAGUUCACACUGAUUGACGGCAUUCGGGUGGCAACAGGCUCUUACAGUUUUACUUGGACCGAUGGCAAGUUAAAUAGUAGUAACUUGGUAAUUCUGUCUGGCCAAGUAGUCGAACAUUUUGAUCUAGAGUUUCGGAUCCUGUACGCCCAGUCAAAGCCCAUCAGCUCCAAACUCCUGUCCAACUUCCAGAUCAGAGGCAAGUUUGACCAUCUGACUGACCAAAAGCCACAAUCAAAGGAGCCCACCCUGGGCAAUCUGCUGCGCAUCAGGCUGGCCAGACUCUCAAGCACUCCUAAGAAGACCAACCUGGGCCCAGAGGUGCCACCAAAGGACAGAGCCAAGCGCCAUGACUCUGAGACUUCCACUAUCAGUGAUGAGGACUAUCUGUACAGCCACAAGGACCAGCUAGAGGAUAGCAAGGUGGUUGAUGCUGCUACUCAAACAGAGCCAGGAGAAGAGAUGGCUGCAGUAAGCCUGAGUGAGGUGGGAACACAGACCAGUUCCAGCAUAGCGUGUGUUGGGACCCAAACCACAGUUGUCACAAGGGCAGUGAGCUCCCAGGCCACAGUGUGGUCCAAGUCCAGUACCACACAGACUGAAGCUGAUGAGAGCUUCCUUCCUCAGGGUGCCCAGUCUAAAGAAGGGUCACCUGCAUCCAAGAUGUCGGUGUCGAGAUCUUCUAGUUUGAGGUCAUCCUCUUCUAUGUCUUCUCAGGGCUCGUUGGCAAGCUCUGUCAGCUCGCAUGCUUCCCUGACAGCCACUGACCUCCACACCCCCGGAUACCCGAAGUACCUGGGUCUGGGCACCCCCCAUCUGGAUCUGUGCCUGGGGGACUCAUUCAGAAACUUGAGUAAAGAGCGGCAGGUCCAUUUUACUGGCAUCAGGUCCAGGCUCACCCAGAUGCUGACAGUGCUCUCAAGGAGAACACUCUUCACAGAACACUACCUCAGCUACAGUCCCGGAAGGUUUACCAGAGCUUCCAUGAACCUGGUUUCUGUGAGGGACAUAGCACUUUAUCCUCCCUAUCAGUGACUACUGGGUCCAGCCAGUCCUUCCUCCCGAGGCCAACAGAGCCUCACAUGUCCUCAGCUACCCUCUUCCACCUGACACUGAGUCACCUUCGAGUUUCAGCCGACACAUUCUUUGAUAUUUUCAUUUUUGUUCUUUAGAAACCACCUGUUGGUUUAAACACUAUGGGGACUGUUUUUUUUUUUCCUUUGCACAAUCUUAAUAUUAUAUCACUACAGAGGUAUUUUAGGUUAGUUUGAGAGAUAACUUUUUUUGUAUGUGUUAUUCUGUCUUAGUGCUUUGGGUCAGCAUUGUUUUUAGAAUCAAAAUUAUAUUUAAAAGUUAAACAACACUAUUUCUUAGCUGACUUCCUCUUGAAUAGCCUUGUUCCUGGCAUCAAAUAAAUAUAGACAACUUUUCG